AAGCGACUGGCAUGACUGACGUCAUCAUAUCGCGUCUUAUUACAAUGUGGAAACAGCAUGGGGAAUGUACAACACUUGUAAACAUUGUUUAUUUUGUGGUCGAGUAGAAGCUAAGCGUUUACAGUGAUUAAACGCAACAGAGCUGUUAUCAUUCGUAAGCUGUUUCGGUACUUUUAAUUUCCAAAAGCGGCAGUAGCUGAAAAGGAGAACUUUCUUAUAGCGUUUCAUCUUGUUGCUGAAAUGUCUCUGUUUCUUGUAAACAGGUAUCUUGGAGAAGAGGAAAAUGGGAAUGAUUCAAAGGAGUCUCGUUCAAAGGCGUUACUGGCUAAACUUCAGCAGAAGGCAAAAGAAAAGCAAAAGCAGAGUCUGGCAGUACAGAGAACACCACCGCCUAAAGAAUGGAUGGAACAGCAGAAUAUUAAAAAAAAAAGAAAAGCUGACAAGGAUGACAGUCAAGAGCAUCAACACCAUAAAAAGAGGAAAUCAGAAGUAGGACCUUUGUUUGUUGCAGACUCUGCUAACAGUGAUGAGCCUGUCCUGGAGGAAAAGAAGAGCAAGACAGGUCCAAAUGAGAAACGGAAAAAUAAAAAGGAUCAGCCAGGUAGUUCUUUUAAAGGCCUUUCAGACACUUCUGUGACUGUGAGAGAUGAACAGAAGGACACAGGAGAAGAAGGAGAAGUGGAGAAAACUGAGACAGAAAAUGUCACACUAAAACAAACCACUGCUCUAACUGGAUUCACAGUUCUGGGAGGAUUUGAGAACAAACCUGUCCAAAAGGUGCACAGAGUCCUGCCUCCGUGGCUCGCUCAGCCUGAUGUCAUUCACAGAGACAUUAAAAGCAACCUGGUCCCCAUCUCAGACAUCCCAGGACUUUCUGCUCUGCUUGUGAAAAAACUACAAAAUAAUGCAAUUCAGCACCUUUUCCCAGUGCAAGCAGAGGUUAUCCCAGCCAUCUUGGAGAGUGCUCAGCAGGGGAUGCUGAUUGGACAAGGUGGCUACAAGCCUAGAGAUAUUUGUGUGUCUGCACCAACUGGCAGUGGCAAGACUCUUGCAUUUGUCAUACCUGUCAUACAGGUGCUGAUGGAACGAGUGGUGUGUCAAGUCCGGGCUUUGGCCGUAUUGCCGACAAAAGAGCUCGCCCAGCAGGUUUGCAAAGUGUUUACAUCAUAUUCUGAGGGAACCACUCUGAAAGUGGUGAUGCUGGCUGGUCAAAAGUCUUUUGCUGCAGAGCAGGCUCUACUCUCAGAGCACAGAUGGGGCACGAGACGCAGUUUAGCAGACAUUGUUGUGGCCACUCCAGGUCGACUGGUUGAUCACAUCAACAAGAAUUCAGGCUUUAGUCUGGAACACCUAAGGUUUCUUAUUAUUGAUGAGGCUGACAGGAUGAUUGACAGCAUGCACCAGUCUUGGCUCAGUCAGGUGGUGAAGGCGGUGUACAGCUCAGGAGGUGGACCAGAAGACAAGUCCAUCUUCAUGCGGACUGAGCCAGCAUAUGUCACAGCAGCCAGUCUGUCUCCACCUCAGAUGCCGCUGCAGAAGCUGCUGUUUUCUGCCACUCUGACACAGAAUCCAGAAAAGCUGCAGCAACUGGGCCUCCACCAGCCCAGACUCUUCAGCUCCAUCCACAGUAACUCCAAUACCAGCAGCAGCAGCACGCCAGCAGACCCCAUCCAGCAAGAAGGUCGCUUUAACUUCCCCGAAGGUCUGACGGAAUAUUAUGUGCCCUGUACGUUAAGAAAAAAGCCCCUCCUCAUCCUCCACUUCAUCCUGCGCAUGAAGCUCUACCCCAUCCUCUGUUUCACCAACUCCAGAGAGACUGCACACAGACUUUAUCUACUGGUGCAGCUCUUUGGUGGAAUUCAAGCUGCUGAGUUCUCCUCCCGUCUCUCUCCUGCUGAGCGAAAGAAGACACUGAAGGAACUGGAACAAGGAAAGAUCCAGCUGUUGAUCAGCACAGAUGCAGCUGCCAGAGGCAUCGACAUCAGUGGGGUCAAAUGUGUGGUGAAUUAUGAUGCACCACAGUACAUCAGGACGUACAUUCACAGGAUUGGAAGAACAGCAAGAGCUGGGAAAGCAGGCCUGGCCUUCACCUUUCUGCUAGGAGUACAGGAGAAGAACUUCCUUCAGAUGGUGAUGGAAGCAGGAACACCCGGGAUUAAAAAGCAAAUUAUUAAACCAGAGAACCUGAAGGGUAUGGAAGCCCGAUAUGAAGAAUCACUGAAGGAGCUGGCUAACAUUAUCAAGGAUGAGAAAACCAAUUAAUGGAGCAGCACUGACAUUCUCCUCUGAGCUGACAUCUGUGCCUUAUAAAGACCACAUCGAUUUUUUUCCCAAUGUUUUGUGUAUGUCUAACCAGGUAUGUUUUAUUACUGGACAUUCCCAAAAUAUAUGCCAGUGAUUGGCAUCCUGGCAGGCUACACGAUGGUAUAAUGGUUAGCAUCACAGCAAGAGUGUCGCCGGUUAGGCUCCAUCCUGUGGGUCUUCUGUGUGGAGUUUUCAUGUUCUCCCCGUGUCUCCGGCUUCCUCCCACAGUCUGAAAACAUGAACUUAGGUUUACUCGGUGACUCUAAAUUGCCCGUAGGAGUGAAUGAGAGCACGAUUGUCUGUCUAUAUAUGUCAGUCCUGUGAUAGUCUGGAGACCUGUCCAUUUGAACCCCGCCUCUCGCCCAAUGUCAGCUGGGAUCGGCUCCAGCCCCCCGCCACUUAAAGUGGUUAAGGAUAAUGAAUGAAUGAAUGAAUGAAUGAAUGAAUGAAUGAAUGAAUGAAUGAAUGAAUGGCAUCCUGGCUUCCACAAAGUCUCUAACAAUUUGAGUCCUCUCCUGUGAAGUGCUUUAUUUUGCGGGGAAUAAAAAAUGUAAUGAAACACUUUCACCCGAACUCUCUCUGUGUAUGUGAGUUGGUGCACUUUCAUUGAAUGUUGCAAUAUUUGUACCAUUCUUCCUUUGAAAUCUCCAGGUUAUUUUAUUUGUCAUGAAACCCUCCAACAGACUGGAUAUAGUUCCUCUGUUUGACUCUAACAAGUAGGCUCCUAUCACUUCUUUCAUCACUGCACCAUGACUAUCUAGUGGAUCAUUGGUAACAACUUGGUCAAAGUAAUGACGUAGUUGCAGAUAUAAAUGAAAUAUUUUGUUUGCAAUUUUUCUAAUUGUCCCUUGUCUGUUUUUGAAUAAAAUAUUGUUAUGC